UAAACAUUGCCAUUCACCAUUUCCGGGGUUUUUCAUCGUCGUCCAGCUCCCUUUUUAUGCUCGCUGCUCCUGCGGUUCUCUUCGUGUCGUCAGUCCCCCAAAGUCCAGUCUCUGUCAUGAGUACACUCUUACCUCGUAUAGAGCAGCUGUCUACCCGCGUUGUUCGGGUUUUGGGUUGUAAUCCUGGACCGAUGACGCUGCAGGGAACUAAUACCUAUCUGGUCGGGACCGGGGACAGACGGGUGCUUAUAGACACAGGUGAGCCUGCCGUCCCCGAGUACAUCAGUUGUCUGAAGGAGGCCCUGAGGAAGUUCAACACCAACAUUCAGGAGAUCCUUGUCACUCACUGGCAUCACGACCACACAGGCGGCGUGGAGGACAUCUGCAGGGACAUCACUGGUUCUGAUGUCAGAGUCCGGAAACUUCCCCGGCCCAGUGAGGUUCAGGAAGCAUCUGGAAACCAGAAGUACACAUUCUUGAAAGAUGGCGAUGUUAUUCAGACGGAGGGAGCAACACUCAAGGUUCUUUUCACGCCAGGCCACACGGAUGACCACAUGGCGCUUAUUCUGCAGGAAGAGCAGGCACUCUUCUCGGGAGACUGCAUCCUGGGCGAGGGCACGGCUGUGUUUGAGGACCUACACGACUACAUGAGGUCACUAAAGGCUCUUCUGGAAGUCAAGGCUGACCUCAUCUACCCUGGUCACGGCCCGGUGGUCCAGGAUGCCGUCUCAAAGAUCCAACAUUACAUUAGUCACCGGGACCAAAGAGAGCAGCAGAUCCUAGAGGCCGUUAAAGCCGGAGAUGGAAAGCCUUUCUCCUCCAUGCAGCUCGUCAAGAUUGUCUACAAGGACACUCCUGAGUAUCUGCAUCAAGCAGCAAACACAAACCUGCUGCAUCACCUUAAGAAGCUGGAGAAAGAAGGAAAGCUCCAACAAGUGAUUGACCCUUCACAGAUGAGCACAUGGAAGAGCAACUUAUGACACAUUAUCAAUCAUGACUGAAGAGGAUCACUAUGUGCCUGAUUCAAUGAGUUGUCAAUGGGACACAGAGUUAUUUGCACUAAAAAACACAUUUUCAAAUAAAUCAUUUAUUCAUUGAAUAAAUAUGGAAAGUGGAACCCA